UUGAUUCUACCAGAGAUUUGUCCUGUAAGGCUAAAUGUCGGGCUUAAAUUACACACAUGGGCGUUCUUUUAGUCUCGUGAUAUGAGGAAAUAAAAAGUGCUAGGCUGUUAGUCACGGGUAAUCUCUACGGAGCACGGUGUUACAGAAGGUCUUUUAAAGGGAAAAUAAACAUGGGCUUUGGAGUUGGCUCCGUUAUUUUGCUCUGCUUAAUGGGACUCACCUGUGCGGAUCCAGUCAAGUAUGUCGACUGUGGCUCAUCUUCAGGUAAAGUGACUAUUGUGGACAUUAACCCCUGCACCACUCAGCCUUGCCAGCUGCAUAAAGGACAGUCAUACAGUGUCAAUGUGACAUUCAACAGUGCUGUGGCGAGCAAGACGAGCAAAGCCGUGGUCCAUGGUGUCAUCGCCGGAGUUCCUGUCCCUUUCCCGAUCCCGAUUGAGGACGGCUGUGAGUCUGGAAUCCAGUGUCCGAUCCAGAAGCAGCAGAGCUAUCACUAUGUGAACGCUCUUCCAGUCAAAUCUGAGUAUCCCGCGAUAAAGCUGGUAGUGGAGUGGGAGCUGAGAGACGACAAUGAGAAAGAUUUAUUCUGCAUCAAGUUCCCUGUUGAGAUUGUCAACUAAGUGAUCUGCACAGCUUCUGUUUUUUUUUUUAAAGGGAAUAUGACUAGUAAAAUAACUGUAAAUGGUUCUACAUAUAAGUCCUCGUUUUAUUCACUUGAUCAAAUUGAUUUCAUGAUUCAUAUCUUUGCCAUGUUUGACUGCACUGCACCUAGUCUGCUUCGAGUUGUGGCCAUGAACAAAAGCGCAGUAAACCAUUACAUUAUAACAACUCUUAAUUCAGGAGCUCCAUUCCACUACGGUGCAAAUGUCUUAGUGGCUGCUAUGUAGUCUGAAUUUACACAGCUAACAUUUUUGAUAAUAUAAACACUUUUGUAAUUUCUUACUAACGUUUUCUUUCAGACGUGAACUUAUGUAAAUGAAAUAUGAAAAUAAAGAAUUAUCCUCUUGUGAAUGACUAAAAUGCCCAAAAAUAUGCAGUUCAG